AUGAACUACCUCUACUCGACCGUCAACACGAUACGGGAUAAGUACACGCCUGUAACCCACACGUCGACCUUUCGCAAGACGGGUCAGAUCACGCCCGAGGAGUUUGUUGCUGCGGGUGACUACCUCGUCUUCAAGUUCCCGACGUGGCAAUGGGCUGCUGCCGACAAUGAAUCCAAGCGCUACCCCCACCUCCCCGCCGACAAGCAGUAUCUGGUUACACGGAACGUCCCGUGCCAUCGCAGACUCGACGAUGACUUUGCCGGCGAUGCCGGCCACGAGGAAGCUGUCGUAGGGGAUGGCGACGACUUCAAGCAGAAGGGUCAGGGUGACGACGAUGACGGCUGGUUGCGCACCGGCGGCCUCAGCAGUUCGCAGCCGCUGAAGGCCAGGGAGGUUCGCACCGUCGACGAUGCGGGAAACGUUGGCGACAUAGAGGACGAGGACGAGAUCCCAGACAUGGAGGAUGAGGAUGACGACGACGAGGCUAUCAUCAGAGAUACCGACGCGCACAAGAGGACCGGGGCUCGCCGGACGUACAACCUUUACAUCAUGUAUUCGCCUUACUACCGCACUCCGCGACUCUAUCUGUCAGGUUACUCGGAAGGUCUGCCACUGGCCCCGCAAGCUAUGAUGGAGGACAUUGUUGGCGAUUACAAGGACAAGACCGUCACUCUAGAGGACUUUCCCUUCUUCGCUCAGAACGUUAAGAUGGCCAGUGUCCACCCUUGCAAGCACGCUUCCGUCAUGAAGACGCUGCUGGAUCGCGCUGAUGCUGCGCUAAAGAUCAGGAGGGACAAGCUCAAGGCGGGCAAGAACGUCGGGCAUGAUUCUGGUAUGGAAGGUUUGGUCGACGAAAUCAACAAGCUGGACGUGAAGAGCGCAGAAGCUGCGGCAGACUCCCAAAGCAACGACGAGUGGGAGGAGGUCGAGGCAGAGGACCAAGACGUCGCUAUCCGGGUUGAUCAAUACCUGGUCGUCUUUCUCAAGUUCAUGGCCAGCGUCACCCCUGGCAUCGAGCACGAUUUCACAAUGGGCGUAUGA